AUGGCACAGUGGUCUGGUGGCGGAGCUCUCGCGAGAAACAAGCGCGCGCUCGAUGCACCUCCGGCUCCUGAGAAGAAACGGCGAACGCGAGUGGAAACGCUCACCAGGGACAACUACAAUAUCGGCUGGGUCAGCGCGCUUCCGAUACAGCUCGCUGCGAGUGUGGCUCUUCUCGACGACCGCCACGAGCCACUUCCGAAGCUAGAUGGCGACAGCAACGCCUACUUUUACGGCACCAUAGGCGGUCACAAUGUCGUCAUGGCGCACUUGCCGAACGAUCUGCCUGGUUCUGGUAGUGCUGCUAAUGUCGCCGCAAACAUGUGUAGAAGCUUCAAGAACCUUCGGUUCUUACUUCUCGUUGAGAUCGGCGGUGGCAUUCCACGAACCGGCCACGAUAUCCGGCUUGGUGACGUGGUCGUCGGUCGCAUGAUGAUUCAACAUGAACUCGGCAAAGAGGAUUCUGGCGACGGGCCAGAGGAUACCGGCGUUCCAUACAUGCCGCCUCGGGACAUCAAGACGACGCUGUCGGCAGUCAAGGUUCGCGCAGAAAUGGGGCAAAAUCCCCUACCUCGACUUCUUGACGAAUUGGAGGAGCGCGGCCUGGUCAGCAACGAGUACUUCGAUAGGAAGCGACUUGAGGACCACCUUUUCAAGGAAGACUAUGACCAUCCUGACGAGACGCAGGAGUGCGACAAAUGCGAUAUUGCGCAACGCGUGCAGAGAAUACCAAGGCAGAGCGUCAACCUGCAGAUUCACUAUGGCAUGAUCGCGUCGGGAUCCCAGGUCAUCAAGAACCCCAAGGUCCGGGACGACAUAGGGAGACGCCACCAAGCGCUCUGUGUGGAGACGGAGGCCACCGGCCUGAUACACAACUUUCCAUUCUUGGCAAUCUGUGGCAUCUGCACCUAUGCGGAUUCCCACAAGAACGAGCGCUGGCAGAAAUAUGCUGCCAUGACGGCGGCUUCGUACGGAAUAGAAUUCCUUCGAAAUUGCCAACCCGUCAAGAACUAAUCGAAGCCUGUGUCUACAAUGCAUACACGAGCAUUUCGUCGUGUACGCGUAUAUGAGAAGGGUCCGUUACAUAACCGGUCGACUUACUCUCCUCGGAGUUGCGAGCUGCCUGAUAAAACAUUGUUCGCACGCCUUGCUGUGGCAAACAUGUAGCUCUCGCAUUAUGCAGGCGACUUCUAGCCUCCACGCAGUAAAGGGCUAGCACGGCUUAACACCUCGGCAGGAGGCCGCGGUAGACGUCGUGCCCCAGCUUCUACUCCACUAGCAAUAUCACGAGCUCCU